AAGCAUUUUUGGGACAAUCGUGACCCAGAUGAUUGAGACAUGUUUUUUUUUUUUAAUGCUUUAGUUAGUAUCUGACAAACAGAGGCAAAAAAUAAAAAGCACAUUUCAAGAAAUCAGUGCCGAUCUUUCCAAUCAAGAAGAUGUUGCCUGAUUCCCUAAAUCUUUUUGAGUUUGAGUUACCAAUUCAAGUGCUGACUUGCCUUAGCAGCAGAACUAUCUAUUUUAUAUUUGUAUUUUUUUUUAAAAAAAAAAAAUUUAGACACCGCCCAUCUCAGUAUGAUUCUGCAGUUUACAACUAAGCAACUAAUAAUGUAAUCAGUUUUCUUUUCAUUUCUCUGAAUUGAAAAGGGAUUUUUUUUUUCUAUAAGGAACUAAAUAUCCUCUUUGGUGAUUUGAUGAAUGAUUAACUUCUAGAUCAAUUUGCUCACCAAUUUCAUCCAGGGGAAUUGGACAAGGACAUUCAAAGCUUGGGUCGCCCGAGCUUAUGCAGACAUGAUUCAUCUAGGCAUUUUCUUAUUUUUGAUGCUGUACGGAUCAGGUCUGGCUCAGGACCAAACCUAUGUCAUUUCAGCCCCUAAAUUUAUCCGCGCUGGAGCCUCUGAGCAAGUGGUAAUUCAAGCCUAUGGAUACACCCAAGAAUUCUCAGUCACCAUCUCGAUGAAAAGUUACCCAGAUAAAAAAAUGACAUACGCCUUUGGUACCGUCCAGCUGACUCCAGCCAAUCAUUUCCAGGGCUCCGUAACUUUAACGGUGCAGCCAAAGGAUUUAAGGACCGAUGAGCCCCAGAAACGGGUGGAAUCUAUAUAUCUCGAAGCAGCUUCACCCCACUUUACGAGACAGAAGAAGAUGCUGCUUACUUACGAUAAUGGAUUUUUAUUCAUUCAGACCGACAAGCCUAUUUACACUCCCGAUCAAUCAGUGAAAGUCCGAGUCUAUUCGCUGAAUGAAGAACUGAGGCCGGCUCGGCGUGCAGCUGUCUUAACUUUUGUGGAUCCAGGUGGGGCAGAAGUGGACAUCAUACGAGAAGAUGACGCUACAGGAAUCAUCUCGUUUCCUGAAUUCAAAAUUCCUCCGUAUCCCAAGUUCGGUAUUUGGACCAUUAUAGCCAAAUAUGAUAAAGAAUUCACAACCUCUGCCGUAGCAAAAUUUCAAGUCAAAGAAUAUGCCAUGCCAAGAUUUUCUGUCGAAAUUAUUCCAGAAAACAGCUUUAUUAGCUCCCAGUAUUUUGAACGCUUCAAGAUUACUAUCCAAGCUCGGUAUUUUUACAAGAAGAAACUGAGCGAAGCAGAAGUUUAUGUCCGCUUUGGAAUCGUUCAAGGAGCCAGAAAGACCAUGUUGCCCAAAUCGUUGCGUCUCAUUAACAUGGAGGAUGGCGUCGCAAUGCUUUAUUUUAACAGCAAAGAGGCUCUCCGUGAAAUGGGGUACAGCGACCUUUCAGAGGUGGAUGGGGCCACCCUCUAUCUCGCAGCCUCUGUGCUGGAAACUGGAGAUGGCCACAGCGAGGACGGUGAGCUAACCACGGUGAAGUACGCCUUGUCUCCUUACAAGUUGGAUCUGAUUGCCACGCCUCUUUUUAUGAAACCCGGGCUUCCUUAUUUUAUUAAGGCACGGGUGAGGGAUAUGCUGGACAUAUCAGUUGGCAACGUUCCCGUGCUCCUCACGGCUACCGCCUUGAACGACCAAAUGGAAGAGACCAAAUUAAUUCAAGAAGGCUCCGAGUUCGGGUCUGGCGUAACCAGUUCCACAGAUGGGACCACUAUCUUUACAGUUACCAUUCCUUCCGACGCCAAAGUGCUGGAGUUCAAAAUAACAACAGCAGAUCCUUCUUUAUCAGACGAGAACCAGGCCAGAGAAACCUACGAAGCAAAAUCCUACAUUUCUCUCAACGGAAACUAUCUCUAUAUUGACUGGGCAUCAGACCACAGAGUCUUACAUGUCGGAGAGAGCUUUCAGAUCAAAGUACACCCAGCAAGCCAUUAUAUCGAUAAAAUACUACACUACAGCUACCUGAUCUUAUCCAGAGGGAAAAUAAUCAGUUACGGGACUCAGGAGAAGAUCGAAGGCCUGUCUUAUCAAGGCCUGAACCUCCAAAUCACUGAAGAAAUGGUCCCUUCAGCCCGUCUUCUGGUCUACUACAUCGUUACGGGGGAAGGAACCGCAGAAUUAGUAGCCGAUUCAGUCUGGCUAAACGUGCAGAAAAAAUGCGGCAACAACCUCGAGGUCCGCAUCCUGAAGAACGAGAGAGUUUACCGACCCAGAGAAAGCGUGUCGCUUUCCAUGACCUCCGAGUCUCACUCUCUAGUAGCCCUCUCAGCCCUGGACAAAGCCAUUUACGGAGUGACGGGAUCCAAGCAGAAACCUAUGGAAAAAGCUCUCCUGAAACUGGAGAAGAGUGACCUGGGCUGUGGUGCUGGAGGAGGGGAGAACAACGUGGAUGUGUUCCGCAUGGCUGGUCUUACUUUUCUCACCAAUGCCAAUGCUGACGACCCCAGAGAAAAAGAUGAAACUUGCACGGCCAUCAUCAGAAGUGCCCGCUCCCUCAAAGAGGACAUCGAAAAACUAGUUGCCCAGUUUCAAAAUCAGCAAAUUCAAAAGUGCUGUCGGAGUGGAGCGGAGCCUUAUCCCUUCCCGCAGACGUGUCAACAGAGAAUCAAGCGUAUUAUUAAGGGUGGUCCUAGGUGCAUCUACGCCUUCCGGCUUUGCUGCGAAUUUGCUUUUAAGAGGCGCCUGAAUGACACACACAAGCACCUACUCCUGGGGAGAAACGCCUUUAAUGCUCUAUUGGAUGUGGCUCCAGAAAUCCGAAGUUUUUUCCCCGAAAGCUGGCUUUGGGAAGUCCAUCCAGUUCAAAGGUCCAAGAUUCUACAAGUCACCCUGCCUGAUUCUCUAACUACCUGGGAAAUACAAGGUGUCAGCAUUUCGGAUAAAGGUAUUUGUGUGGCUGACACCCUGGAAGUGGAAGUCGUUAAAGAGGUCUUUGUUAACGUCCAUAUUCCAUACUCUGUUGUCCGAGGAGAGCAAAUAGAAUUAAAAGCCACCAUUUACAAUUACAGACCGUCAAGGGCUAAGUAUUGUCUGAAGCUCAGCGUGCAAAAAGGGAUCUGCCUCUUUGGUGCUGCUAACACCCUGACGGACAGCUCUCAAGUCCACACCUGCUCUCACCUGAAAGAUAUCCAGAGCUCGUCGAUGGUGGUGGAGUCAUUUAAAGUUCUUCCUCUUGAGUUAGGCCUUCUCAGCGUCAACCUCACGCUUCACAGUGAUGCGGGAAAUGAAAUGCUCGUGAAGACCUUAAGAGUUGUGCCCGAAGGCAUUCGAAAGGAGAGUUAUGACGGUGGCACGCUGGAUCCCCAAGGGGUUUAUGGUACGGUCGUGAGACAGAAAGAAUUUGCCCACAAGGUGCCGCGCUACAUCGUCCCCAAGACGCAACUGGAAAAAACUCUCAGUAUAAAAGGCAACUUGCUGGGGGAUGUGAUCCAGGCUGCCGUGAAGCCCGAGGCGCUGAAGUUACUCACCAACCUCCCCCAAGGCAGCGCAGAAACAGAACUGAUGAACAUUGUCCCGGUGUUUUAUGUGUAUGAUUACCUGGAAAGGUCCAAGUCCUGGGACAUCUUUGGGUCAGACAGAACCAGCGCAGAAAUUACCAUGUUAAGGAAGAUGAAGAGAGGAAUCAUCAGCAUCCUGUCUUUUCAAACACAAGAUUACUCUUACAGUAUGUGGAAGGAUGGCGAAGCCAGCACCUGGAUUACAGCAUUUAUCCUAAAAGUUUUUGGACAAGUUCGGCGAUAUAUGCCUGAUCAAUUUGGCACGGCGUGUCAGUCUCUGACUUGGUUGAUUGACAUCUGUCAAAUGGACGACGGAUCUUUCAGGGAAGUUUCAGAUUACAAGCCAAUAGCCCUUCAGGGCACAUUACGUGAUCAGCAGAAAGAAAACAGUCUGUACCUAACAGCCUUCACCUUGAUGGCCUUCUCAGACUAUAAAAAAGCCUGUCCCUUCCAGAAAUUUGCAGACGCUGAAAACCGAGCGGUCAAUUAUUUGUUGCAAAACAUUGCAAGCUCGCAAAACACCUUUGUCUUGGCCAUCGUGACUUAUGCUCUAACUCAAGCAAAGGUCAACCAUCCUGACCUUCAUUCGGCCUACAGUCGCUUGAAGAAUGAAGCUCAGGUGAAAGGGAACCCCCCAAUCUACCGUUUCUGGAAAGAGACCCCCAUCAAAUUCGAUGCAAGCAUUCCCUCUAAGGGCAACGCCAAGAUGGUGGAAACCACUGCCUACGCCUUGCUGUCCAUUUUGCGGAAAGGAGAUCACAAUUACGCCAAACCGGUCAUGAAAUGGUUGACCGAAGAGCAGAGAUUUGGAGGUGGAUUUUACUCGACCCAGGAUACAAUCAUCGCUUUGGAGUGCCUGACCGAAUAUUCCAUCCUUAUUAGACGGCUUGAGCUGGACAUGAACAUCAAAGCGUCUUAUAAGUCUCAUGGAGAUUUCCACACGUACAGGCUCACAAGUAGCCAUUACAUCGGCAAGCCUGUGGAUGCUUCCUUGAGUGACGAUAUAGAAGUGCGCACGGGAAGCAACACUGGAACAGCCGCUGUGACUCUGAGGAGCGUGUAUUAUGUAAGCAGCGUUUCUGAGGACACUUGUGACUUUCAGCUGAAGAUUAAUGUCACGCGAGAUGAAAAGAAGUACUAUCUGUCCUUCAAUGAAAUCCGUCUGUUGGUUGCCUGUGCAAAGUACAAACCUCGAAGGAGGACAGGACAAUUCUCCUCUCCCCACGCAGUGAUAGAUGUCUCUCUUCCCAACGGCCUGGAAGCAAAUACGGAGGACUUGUCUCUUCUUUCAAAUAGUGUUGACCAGCUGAUUUUGAAUUAUGAGAUAAGGCCCGAUGGACAUGUUAUCAUGCAGGUGGAUUCGAUUCCAGGAAACGAAUUCCUGUGCGUCGGUUUCCGAACAAUUGAAAUUUACCGAGUUGGAAUGCCAAGUCCAGGAACCUUCUCGGUGUAUGACUAUCACGACCCUGAAAAACAGUGCACCAUCUUUUAUAAUGCUUAUGGAGAAGAAUCUCUUGUUAAACUAUGUGAAGGCAGCGAAUGCAAAUGUAUGGAAGCGGAAUGUGGACAUAUGCAGCCCCGGCUGGACACCUCCAUAACUUUGGAUACCCGGAAAGAGGCAGCUUGCCAGCAGAACAUUGCCUAUGUUUACAAAGUGGUUAUCAAAUCAUCCAAGGAAGAAGGAAGCUUUGUUAAAUACAAUGCAAUCCUCCUGGAACCCUAUAAAUUAGGGGUGACUUUUGCUGAGAAGAACGCAGAAAUCGUCUUUAUUAAAAAGAGCUCCUGUACGGAUGUCCAGCUGAAUCCAAAGGAGAAUUACUUGAUCAUGGGAAAAGAGGCUUUGAAGACAGGACAGGGCGCCAACGCCAGAUACCAGUAUCCUUUGGACGAUUCGACAUGGAUUGAGUGGUGGCCGUCCUCAAGUGCCACCUGUGGUUCUUGCCAGGCCUUUACAGAUUCAUUGGAGGAAUUUGCAGAUGAUCUCUUUCUCAUCGGUUGUUAAGAAGACCUGCAACAGGUCUCCGGCUUCCUGUAACUAGCAUUUUUGACCAUUUCUUAUGGACUUGCAUAUUCCUAAGCAAGUAGGGAUACGAUCGUGCUUUAGAUCAGGGCUCUCCAAACCUGGCAAACCUUUAAGACGUGUGGACUUCAGCUCCCAGAAUUCCUCAUCCAUCAUAGGUGACUUUGGGCCAAUCACCAGGAGAACUGAGAGUUCUAGUCCCACCUUAGGGGUGAAAGCCCAUUAGGUGACUUUGGGCCAAUCACCGGGAGACUGAGAGUUCUAGUCUCACCUUAGCCGUGAAAGCCGGCUGGGUGACUUUGGACUAGUUUUUUUCCUCUCACCCCAAGUUACCUCACUAGCUAAUUUGCUAGCUUCCUCCAAUCUUAAAUAUCACCCUCAAAUGGCUACUCACUUCUUGUGUGGCUGACUGUUUAAACCUUCAAAAGCUUCUAGUCCUCAUGACUCCUUGAAAUUGUAGGCUGUGCUUCCCAGAAUUUCCAAACCGAGCAGGAAAGCCUCGGGAAGAUUCCCAACAGCCAAUUAAAAAAAAAAAUGUUUUGGUACUUCCCUUUUUCCUGAUUUAAAAAAAAGAAAUCAUCAUAAAUCUCUCUCAAAAAAAAAAUUAGGAUAGAUGUUCGUAAUAAAUCACUCAGCCUUCAUAUCUGAUAGGCACGUGUCAAAUUUUAUGUGCAAUAAACCACCCCAAAUUUGCAUGUGUUAAAAA